CCCUGACCGAGUCCGCAUUUUUCUGUGUUGAUUGACAACACAACUGUGGUCAGAGUGAGUCUGCCUCCUACAAUCAUUUCAGUUCCUUAAUUCACCAUCCUGAAUUAAUGUCUAUCGUCACUCCGGUCCAUUGCGCAUCGAGAUGAUCACGACCACCGAAAAGAUCCACCCCUAGCCAUAACACAAUUCUGCUCAUCAUCGCACACCCACCGCGGCGGCCAUGGCUACUGCUGCGAUUGCUGGCAAUGAUGAGGCUCUCAACAACGGUCUACACGCUUCAAUGAACGACUUGUCGGAUCCCUUUAUCGAUGAUGACCGACAGAGACAGCCGAGCCAUGCCCACCGCUACUCCAGUCUAGUCGAUCCAGAAUUAAUCACAUUGGGCACCGCUACAUCGCCUGCCCAGGUCAAACGAAGUAUUAUCGCGCACCUUACGGAGACGGAACGCCGCCUACAUGACACUCAGAAGCUGGGAGAGUCACUCUUACUGCAACAGUCCGAGUUAAAUGAGAAGCUGCGCGAAGUGGAGGAGCACCAGGAAGAUGCAGAAAUAUCACCAGAGCUGCGGCGGAGGCUGGCUGAUUUAGAAAGAGAGCAUAAUGAUGUUGGUAAAGAAAUCGCAAGAGCUUUGCUUGGUCCCAAGUCCAGAGCUGUCAGUGGAGAAGAAAAGCCGGCAACUGAGCAAUCCACCUUCACAAGCCAGGCUACUGCAUCGCCUACAAAAGUCACAGCCCCUAGCCGGCGGCACCGCAACCAGCCGAGCAACCGCGCAGGUGAUCUACAGUUUGCAGCGGAUAUCAGCACCUCCCUUUUGGCACAAGUGCGACAAUUGCAAAGCGCCGUGGCAGAACGGGAUGACCUUCUAAAGCAGGCCAAUUCAGAAAGAGAUCGAUUGGAACAAGAUGCACUGCUAUUCACUCAACGAUUGCGCGCCCUUGAUGAGAGCGAGCAAAAGUACAAAGAUGAGAAUUGGAACCUCGAAACCCAGACGCACGAACUUCUAGCGUCAGCUCGCGAGGCUGCUGAUCGAGAGAAACGCUUGAAUUCCAGUCUAGCUGCUGCAGUUGCCGAGAAGUCCAGACUGCAAAGCGAGAUGGAUGAGAUCAGGGUUGCUCAUGAGAAGGUGACUGAAGAGUACGCCACGGCGAAGAAAGCCCACGACUCGGAGCUGCACACCUUGAAGCGGAACAUCGACGUUGGAGAAAGUGAAAGAGCUUCCAUGCAAAGCAAGCUUGACGAGUUGACUGCUCAAAAUCAUGAACUGGCGCGGGCUGUUGCAGCUCGGCUACGCGGUCAGCAUCCGGGGGGCGAAAUCUCUACAGGGCAAGAUCAUGAUGAAGAUCUCCAUAAUAUUGAAUCUCCGGAGCAUUCGCCUCCUCCUUCUCCCACGAAAGGGACUCCACGACACGGUGGCUUGGAGUCUGAGACUCUACGAAGCUCGUUACACCACGCUCAUAGGAUGAUACAAAACCUCAAGAACAACAUCCACCGUGAGAAGACGGAAAAGAUUGAACUCAAGCGCAUGCUUCAAGAUGCCAGGGAUGAGCUCGAACAGCGACGCGGUGACAGCUCCAUGGGCAGUGGCAACAAACGGCAAAAGACAAAGUCUGAGACAUUCAAGAAGCCUCUUCGACCUGAUAUGUUGGGGGGUAGUCGACGGGCACGAACCGAUAUCGAACUCCAAGACGACGACUGGGAAGAGAAUUUCGUAGACUCACCGACUCAAGCGCACGCUCAAAGACAUCUAAGCGUGCCAGCUGCUCCUGAAGGACGCCUCACAGAUAUGAGCGACGCAUACCAAACUGCAAACGAGACUGAAGGGGCCUUUGAAACGGCAGAUGAACGGCAUGCUACAGAAAGCGAAGAUUUCCAGACUGGAGCGGAGAGUUUGGCCGGUGAUAGCACUGAUGAUCUAACCGAGACCGAAGACACGGCAUCUCAAUUUCAACGAAAGGGAAUAUCCCGAGCAAACAGACCAUCUCUUGCUUUCAAGCCGACUGGCGAUCGACAAUCGUACAUGAGCACCGCUUCCACUUCUGCCGGAGAGGACGAAGAUGAGCUCAAAACCCCUGUGUUGAAUCAGCCGCAGAAGUUCCGUCUAAGGAACGGGCGUAGCUCAUUUGCUCGACAGUCGAGAGUUCCGACGGAUGCUACACCUACCAACUUGUACUCGGAAGGCGUGUCACAGGAUUCACCCGCCACUAUUAGCAGUGAGCGCAGCCUUCCAGGUGCUGAGCAGAGUCUUUUUGCAGAACUCGGUGACUUGGACGAUGCUUCUACUUUUGGAACCCCCGGUAGAGCAAGUAUUGCUUCAGCAACAUCUACCCCCGGUAUUCCUACUUACACUCCGAGCAAGCAACCUGUGCCGCAAUUUGAGCCUCCGAGCGUCGUGAAGCCAACAGUGGUCGAUUCUUCAACAAUGACUGACCCGUGGGAACCCAAGCAAGAACCAUCUGCAGGUGUUACUGUCCCAGCCGGCGAUGUCGAGCAGCUGCGUUCUUCCUACUACGAGCAGGCGCCUUCACCAGUUCCUUCCGACUUUCCUUUACCUCCAACUGUGCCAGCAUCACCCAUCAAACACAUUGACAAUGGCACCCAAUACACGCCGCAAAGAUCGUUGCAAGAAAGUCCAAUCAGAAACACUGCUUUCAUUACUCCACCCAAGACUGUAUGGGACGAAGCCCACAGUCCUGAGCCAGUGCAGCCAGUCAUCGAUUCCGCACCACAUCCUCAAACACCUAAGCAUCUAAACUAUUCAGGUCUAUUGAUGCAGGACACGAAACCCGCCAGCCCUGUCGAAGUUUCCCCAGUUGUACCUCCUCAGCCCGAGCUGCUCGGAAUCUCCAACAUUCAUUCCCAAGUCACUCAACCGGUUCAGACCCCUGAAAAGAAACGCCCAGCUGGAGUUGCGGUCUCUACUCAGGUGGAUGAUCUUCCGAGCCGACCACAGACCGCAGAAAAGGUGGUAUCGUCGGGUCUGCUUGCAUCAGCUGCAGCUGCUUUAGGCAUUUCCAAGGCGAAGAACACUCCUGCUCCGGUGAUUGCUGAGGAUGAUACGAGUGAGCAAGAAGAAGCUGCGCCCACUACAGCUGGACAAAACAUGCCUUUGAAAGACGUGUCUGGAAAUAGUGUUGCUCCGAGGCAAGCAACUUCCGCCAAACCUGUGGAGCCAGAACACCCUGCUGAGCUCCCAAUACUGAGCCAAGACCAAGCUUCUCAGACACUCCUCACGGCCCAACAGAUCGAAGAGGCCUUGAGGCCAAAGGCAGCUCUACACAUGCCGCUACCUCAUCCUAGAGAGGAUGCAGAGAGCCUUACAAGUCCGCUAAGCCCUGUAACCCCUGCAGAGACAGGUGACUCCCGAGAGGCGUUUGUACCCGGCACGAUAGUCCCCGUGUCGGAAAUUGGCCAGGCCAUUCCACUACCAUCCCCCACCAAGAGACCAUCGAGUUCUUCGAGUCGCCGGUUGUCCAAUACGCAGCAUCCGCCCCUACCUCCUGACCACAGAGCUGCCAUUGCUAAGGCCAGCGGCCGAGUCGGCUCGCCGACCCAGGAGCCCACGAGUUCAAGUCAUGUGGCAACGAUUAUGGGUCCACCUGCACUCCCGGCAUCGGCCAUGCGUCGCCCACGAACUCCAGGAGAUUCUAUACGAUCGCCCACUCGCGACAGCGAUGCGCCACGCACGUCCAAUGUUAGCCGUCACCAGCGGGGAACCGUCACUUCUCAAUUGUCACACCGGUCGUCCGUGUCUUCUUUUGCCUCUGAAAUCGAUGAGCGCUUCAACAUCCAUGCCAAUGGUCAAAUUGCUCCUCAUGGCUUUGGUACGAACCCCAAAAUCAUUCAAGCCAUAACACAAACCAUGAUCGGGGAGUUCUUGUGGAAGUAUACUCGCAAGGCUGGCCGUUCCGGAAUGUCCGAGACGCGGCAUCGUCGGUACUUCUGGGUGCACCCGUAUACGAAGACGCUGUAUUGGUCCGAUCAAGAUCCACAAACAGCUGGCAGGAACGAAUUGAAGGCGAAGAGCGUUCUCAUCGAGAGCGUGAAGGUUAUCCCUGACGACAACCCUAUGCCACCGGGGCUGCAUCGAAAGAGUCUCGAAGUCGUCACACCUGGUCGCCGUGUGAGAUUCACCGCAAGCACUGGACAGAGACAUGAGACCUGGUUCAAUGCGCUGAACUACUUACUUCUCCGGGCCGAUGAUCCGAAUGCUGGACAGUACCAUGCUGGAGGGACUGAAGUCACGCACGACGAUGUUGACGAGUUCAACGUGAAUGCUGGUGGAUAUGGAGCUAGACUUGCACCAACCGGCAGCCGCAUGAGUCUCUCAAGCUACAAUUCCCGAACGACUCGAGGCACGAGCACCAAUCGAGCCUCUGUUGCUCAGCGAACGGCGCCAGGGGUCGCCACUACUAGUUCCACACGUCAAGCUCCGGGCACUGUUGAUGAGUCGACUGUGCGACGAAGUCGGGCAGACCAGUCUCAGGCAGCUGAACAAGACCGAACGUUACGAGCGAAUAGUGUCAGCCGGUUUUCGCGCAUGAUCGGAUCUGUCACUGGAAAGAAUCGGCGAAUGAGUGAGGUUGCCAACGCUCACGGCAGUACACGAAGCGAAGGUGGUAGCAUCUACGAUGCCAGUGUUAUUAGCGACGGACGUAGAGAUUCUGCCGAAGAGCUUCGGAGAGAGAUGCUGAGGCAGGAGCAAGUUGGUUUCGGAGGACUUGAAAAUGUCCGAGCGUGCUGUGAUGGAAAACAUGAUGUCUCAACGUUGAGUCACAGCCAUCGCUACGGCACGCCGCAUGGACACGGACAGCGGUCAUUGAGCAUGAGUCUACGAGGCUCUGCUCGGCGAGGUGGCCCAUUUUCCACUCCUGGCACGGCCGCAGCGACGCCCACUAGGCCAACAGCCACCACCACGGCGCCUUGAAAAGGGCGUCAUGCAUCUGAAGCAAGCAAUGGAUCUUGAUCCUUGACGUUGUGCAUCAGCUCUCCUUUGUUGACCAUGCUGGAGAACAGGCUGACCUCAUGCUCUUCUGGGUAUGUGUCUCGGUUCUGCUUCACCUAGAAAUCAAGAAAAAAAAUAGGUUGGGUAAUGCAUAAUGAUAAGUACAUGGCAGGCGUGAGGAGCGAGGUGUGCUGGACGGGUGUUACGAAUCCUAAGUUGCUAUCAGAAUGAAGUAAAUGAGUGCAUGUACUAAUGACUUUUUGGCUUCCUCAUUGGACACAGAUAUUUUCCCUAUUUUCCUCUUUUCUCGUGGUAGAUGCCGAAUCCGUCCUGAAGAGUUCUGUGCAAUAAACUAUGCUGCCUGUUGGAUGGAUAACCGAGCGGACAGCCCAGCAGCCUCAGCCUCGUAAGAGCGUGUAUGCACGGCACUUCGCCAUUCUGCUUGAGGCGGUUCCGCUAACCCAAACGGUCACUUGCUACGAAGGCUUGUCGAGCUUAGCCAAUGCUUGUUUUCAGGCGAUUAAAUGGGCAUCACCAGCAUU